AUAGUCUAAAAAACACAGAUAAAAGUUUAUUCUGGAAAUUGGAAAGAAAAAAAAAAACCAAAAUGCAGUGGUGGAAAAAGUGCUACAAAUGCUACAAUAUUAAAAUACUCAAUUAAAAGUAAAAGUCCUGUAUUCAAAAAUAAAAUGACAUAAAGUAUUUAUUAGAAAAAUGUACUUAAUGUGAAGUUGAAUCUUUAAAAACAAGUCUGUAACUUAGCUUCAAAUCCAAGUCGUCGACUCAGCAGCUGGACUGAAGGGAAAAGUAAAAGUACACAGGUAUUAUCAGCAAAAUGUACUUAAAGUAUCAGAAAAAUGGCCCCUGUGGUUGAUAAUAUACAUGACAUCAUUAGAUUGUUAAUAUUGAUGCAUCAGUGUUUGGUGGAGCGAGUUUUAACACAGUUAUCUGGUGUGUUCCAGCGGCUCCCGGCUCAUUGUUUCAGCUCUACUUCUUUAUCCUGUUGGGAAGAUGAAUUUAUUACAAAGCAUCAUGUUUUAUAAACUCUUUAUAUGUUUUGUUUUUGCAAAACUUUAAACAUGUAAAAAUACUAAAUAUGAUACGAUAUAUUCCCUCUUGAAAGUAGUGAAGUAGAAGUAUAAAGUAACAUGAAAACAACACCUCAGAUUAAUCCUUAAGGGCAGAGCUUCAAUAAAUGGUUAUUGUUUAUUGUUUAUUGUUUAUUGUCCACCGCUGCAUAAUAACACGUAUAAACAGGCCGCGAGGUAAAUUACUGGCAACGGUCAGCUGCUGGUAAAAAACAGAAAUGCUGCAUCGUCUGUGUGUGAGCAGCAGGAGGCAGAGUGGGUCUUAGGUUGAGAUGUGUAUCAUCAUCCCUCCUCCUCGGCUCCCUGGUUCAAUUACUGAUUACUGAAUGUGUUGGAAUAACAUCUCACUGAUCUCACUGUUUCCCUCCAGGAAACAAAACUCUGGAAACAAACCAUGAAAAAAAAAAAAAAAAAGAAAGAAAACAACACUGCACGCUCUCAGAGCUGAUGUUGAGCUGCAUGGAAAGGGAAACAGAGUCUGGGAAUCCCGGUAAACAAAAGGGGGCAAUCCCCCAGGAGAACAUCAUGUGGUGUGCUUUGUUUGUAAUAUGAAGCGGUGAGGUAAGUGUGUGUGUGCGUGUGUGUGUGUGUGUGAGAGAGAGAGAGAGAGAGGGAGAGAGGGAGAGCUGAACAUGACACCACUGAUAAACAUAAUGAAGGAUGAAACGAUGGUGAAUGUGAAACCAAACCUGCUACGAAUGUACGAGACACUGGAGACAAGAGACCAGCACCAUGGCCGCCUUCCAGCUGCUCUUCCCGCUGUUGGUCAGCUGCGUGGUGGCAUCCGCAAGUCCUCCCCGACACCUCACUUCAUGCCAAGUUGUCCAGAUGGAUGCGUUUUGCAGCGAUCUCAGCCUCAGAAGUGCACCGCCCAACCUUCCCCAUGGCGUCCAAAUGCUGGACCUUUCUCGUAACCAGGUGCAUAACCUCACCCAGGAAACUCUAGCGUACCACACCGGCUUCCAUCAUCUGAAUCUUCACUCUAACAAGAUCCACUUCAUCCAGCCGGGGCUCUUCAAAAACAUGACUGAUCUAAGAGUUCUCGAUCUGUCCAGGAAUCAAUUGAAUGUUUUCGCUCUUUCCAAAAUCAACAUCGGGCCUCUUACAGCUGUAGAGUCACUUGAUCUUUCAAGCAAUGGGCUGUACACAGGGAUGUCGGACUAUUUCCUGGCUGAUUCUCCGUCACUGGCGAACCUUUCUCUGAGCAGCAAUAGCAUCACUAAAAUAGCACAAGAUACUUUCAGUGGAACCUGGUCCUUGAAAAAAAUCAGCCUCCACAAUAACGUCAUCUUGGAGAUUGAAGAUGGCGCUUUUGACUCCUUGCAUAAUCUGACCGAACUCGAUCUGUCCAAGAAUUCAAUCACGUGCAUCACAGACUUCAACCUCUAUAAUUUAAAAGUGCUCAAUCUCAGCAAGAACAGCAUGGAGCUUUUCCAAAGCGUGGGCUCAGCUCAGUCGUAUCAGCUUCUCUCUCUCGAUCUGAGUGAAAACAAAAUGCCUUACUUUCCAUUUCUGCCCAGACAGAACGUGCUUGAGUAUCUGGAUGUUUCACGAAACCACCUUCGGAGCAUCAACGUCUCAGCAAGUUCUGAGAGAAGGACAUUUUUAAAUCACCUUAGAUACCUGGACAUGAGUUACAACCAACUCAAAAGCAUACCAGAGUCCUUUUUCUGCUUCAUGGGAUCACUCGAGGUCCUGAAUGUGAGUAACAACUGUAUUGGCUCGUUUUCUAUCACUAACGAAGGUCUUCUACCGAAAGUGAAGAUUAUCAAUCUCAGCUAUAACUCACUGCAGAGUCUCACAUUUACUGAAAACAUUCUGCAGUCGCUGGAAAAGCUCUUCUUACAGGGAAACGACCUCACCACCUUGGACCAUCAAGUAUUUCAAAGACUUCCAAGUAUCAGAUACCUGCAGCUCCAGCAGAACAACCUGAAAAUCUGCGCCUCGGAGCAGAAGCAGCAAGAAGCAGCGCUGACAGACCAAAACCACCAGCAUCCUCCCGGUUGUGUGUCCUUUUCUUCUGUUCAUAGCUUGCGCUUCCUGUACCUGUCUGAAAACAAUCUUCAGACUCUGCCUGCGAACGCAUUUGCCAACACCUCUCUGAAGUUGCUGGACUUGUCCCUGAACCCAGGCUUGGACAUGGACAAAGACUCCCUCUCCGGUCUCGAGCACUCCCUGGUUCACCUCCUGCUGAGGGAAAACAACAUUUCCAGGCUAAACACAGAUCUGUCCUUGCUGAAGAGUCUCAAAAAUGUUGACCUGUCCACCAACCAGUUGACCUCUCUACCUAUGUGGGACAAAGAGUCCUCCAUUGAGUCCUUAAACCUGCAGAACAACAACCUGGUCACCGUGGAGUACAGCACCAUGCUCGCUCUGGAGCGCUCACUAAAAACCCUCUACAUGGGCUCCAACCCUCUGAACUGCUGCAGCAACCUCGGCUUCCUCCAUGUGGUGCAGCGCUCAGCCGUGGUCGUUCCCGACAUCGAGACCGUGACCUGCGUUCACGAGGACUUUUCACAGCCAGUCAACAUCGAGAAGCUGACCGAGGGAAUGUGUCAAGGAUCGGGAACCCCGAUGUAUAUUUCCAUUAUACUGGUAUUGGUAGCUGUGAUGAUCAUGUUCGGGCUGCUGUUUAAAUAUUGUCUCUUGAGGAAACGAAAGCGCAUCAGAAGUUUUAGGGCGUAACAUGAAUGAACGGUGCACAAACAGGACCAUGAAGAAUUUAUAUAUGGAACAUGAGAGGGUUGGUGGUUUUUAACCAGAUACACGAAUAUAGUGUCUGUGGUUUCAUCCGAAGGACAAUUUGAAGCCUUGAUUUGGGUUUACCAUCUUUUUUUUUUACUAGAGUGAACACAUCCAGAUUUCGGCAACGUGGAAGAAGCUGAGUUGGUGGUUCACUGAUGGGCUGAGACACCUGUCAAUCAAACAAACACGUGCCUUAAUAUCCUACUCAAAGCAAUGGCUCUGAAGAAGAAGUGAAAUGGACAGACUAUUGAAACCAGAACUUCUGGAAAAUAUAAUCACCUUGUUUUCUAAAGAGAAGUUUGGACUUUUUGGAUGGACUUCUAAAUGUCAGAGUUUCUUGCAGCAUCUUGUGACUGUUUGAGAAACUGCAGCUUUGGAUUCUUAUGGUGUGUUCAGACAGAACAUGAAAGCCAAAUUUAAGAGGGGUUAUUGCAAAUAUGAGUCUACGUUACCAAUGUACAAAGACCAGAAGAAAAAGGAGAGCAACUGGAGGGAAAUAACGGGAGUUAUCUAAAUACUGUGGUCACAGUGGGUCCAGUAAUCAAAGUCCUGCAAAUGAAGCGAGGCGAAAAUUAGUUUUGCUUUCUGUCUGAACACACCAUUAUGACAGUGUUUCAUGCUUGGUUUUAAUAUCAAGCUGCAUGCUGCAUAUGAAUUUAUUGAAUAUAAGGGGAAAAGCUGCAGUAAAAAACCUCAUCACUGUUGACCAUUCAGCCUUAAUGAAAUGUUACUCACUUACUUUCAACUUUAUUUGUCCCUGGAGGGCAAUCGGUUUUGUUGAAGUUAUAGUUUGACUUUUUGGGACAUCCUCUCAUUUGUUGAAAGUUUGAUGAGAAGAUCAGAUGAAGAUUGGUAUCCCAUGUCUGUAAUGUAAAUAUGAAGCUACAGCCAGCAGCCAGUUAGCUUAGCUUAGCACAAAGACCGUAAACAUGGGGACACAGAAAACCUGGCUCUGUCCAAAGGGAACAAAAUCCUUCUUCCACCACCUCAGUCAAACAGUCAAACACAUGACAUAUCAUGUAACUCGUACAACAAAACCAAAGUAAAAACAAGUUGUGGUUUUACGGGGGAGGAGGAGGGGGGGGUCAUGUGUCUGACUGUUUGUUGGCCACAUGCAGUAACUUCAGGAAGCUGCAAAAAAAAAAAAAACAAGCAAAAUAUAAUUUGUUCAUAUGUGACGUUGAACUUUACAGUCAACACCUUAAACCUAGGACCCCAUUGCUCAUAUUAAGAGGCUAGUUAAGAAAUUGUAUUAAUGUAAUGUAUUAAUUAGUGAGCUUCAGAGGUUCUGGUACAGUGGGAGGAUUUUGUCACUUUGGACCAAGCCAAGUCUUUAUGCUAAGCUAAGCUAAUCAUCUCAUAUUUACCAUGCAUAUGAGUGUGGUGUUGAUCUUCUCAUCUAAUUCUCAGCAGGAGUACAAAUAAGUUUAUUUUCCAAAAUGUUCAACUAUUGAACUAUGAAUGAGGGGCUUUUAAGAAACAGAAUACAUCAGUGACUGAGACAGAUGAAGAUAAAACUGACUGAAGGAGGGGUGGGUGGGUGGGGGUUCAGAUAACAAACAGUGUAAGAUUAUCUGAGAGUGGAAUUUUCCUUUAAGCUAAAACUAAAGUACACAGCACUACGAAAGGUCAUGAAACAAAAUGCUCUUUAUUCUUGGAUGAUGAAGUGUGAUUAGAAGAUGAAGUAGAAGCAGACUGAGAGUCAUCUGAGAUGAAUUCACAAAAAAAGUCUAUUUUUAAAAGCAAUACAAACCGUCCUUUACCCUUCAUGUAGUUUGCACUUUAUAUUUCCCUUUAUUUGUGUGACUGUAUCUUGUUCUUAACACUAAGAAAUGAAUACUGCUAGAAGUCCAAGCAGAGCAUAUGUUGAUAUAAUUUAUUAUUUUUUUUACUAUAAUAAAGAUUAAGCUGGACAUUUUAAACAUUAUGUUUUCUGUACUGAUCCCAGGUCUGUGCAGCUCCCCCCUCGACACAAUAUUGAUGAAUUUGACAUGAACAUGUUUAUAUACCCUUCAUGGGUGAAGUUAAAAGCUGGCCUGAGCACUGAAAUUAAUAACUGUGAUACUCCGAUAUAGAAGUACAAUAUAUACAUACUGUAUUGUUUUAUCAUAAACCGAUGAAUAUGAACUCCAGCGCUGUAUUGUAGUGGGCUACACUGUGAUCCACAGUUUCAUACGAUUUUAACGUGCCUGAUCCUAAAACUAUUAUUAUUAUUAUUUUUAUUAUUUUUUUUAAUCUGCAAGUCAAUUGAAGUGAUUUGUAACUUUUCACGUCCUGUGAGCGAUAUUUUGUACCAAAUGAAAGACUUUUCUACACUUAAACAUUGUGUGAGAAAUUAUUUGUGUGACAAACAACAUGUAAACCUCUGAACACUGUAGUGACACCAGCACAAGGUUUAAACGCACAUUAUAGUAAUAUUUUACUUUACGUUUUGUGCUUUCUUGCUAAGAGUUAGAUGAGAAGACUGACAUCACCCAAUCAGAGGAAACAGCUUCCCUGGCUCCGUCCAAACAGAAGAAAAUCCUCAAACAAUCCUCAUUUUUUAUCAUCGUCAUAUUUAGAGCGGUUUUCUCAUCUAACUCUCACCGAGAAAGAAAACUAAUGCAUUUCCCAACAUGUUGACCUGUUGUCGAGUGCACGAAAACACUUAACACAGGAUUUAAGAGGUUUCUGAGAAAAGAAGUUGAAGACAUGACAUUAAAUUGAAUGUCAUUUUCUAA